UUGAUAAGAGCUGGAAACACUCACCAGUCAUGAAAUAUGGAUGGACUACUGUGGGAGGAAAGCUGAGUGCUUGGAAUCCCAAACUAGAAGCCCUUCACACUGUAGUAUUUUGAAACAAUCCCAAUUGUAACAUCUAUUUCUCAUCAUUUUGUUUGCAGAGGACAAUGGACUUCAAGGUGACUCCAGUUCUGGCCUUUGUGCAUCAAGAAUGAAAGGAAACUUGCAGAACUCCUGUUUUAAGAUUUCUGAAGAAUGGAUGGAGAGCCUUUUACUUCCAAUUUCUUUUCCUCUGGAAACUUCCCUUCUGAAAUUGGCAUUACCUUGGAACAAAAAACUACCUUUGCCUUUGUGCUUUUAUUGCUUAUUUUCCUUGGUGUUCUCAUUGUCCGAUGUUUUCGAAUCCUCUUAGACCCUUAUAGGACUACGCCAACUGCCAUCUGGACAGAUGGGCUGGAGGGGCUAGAAAAAGGACAAUUUGAUUAUGUUUUAGCUUAGAGCCAGAAAUGUACGCUACUUAGAAACAUUUAUUUUCUCAUACAGGCAAAAUAAGCUAAAAUUGGAUGAAUAGAUGGGAAACAUGGUAAGCAUUUGAUGAAAAAAAAUGCCUGAGUUUAUCAUGGCUAGAUAUUGCC